CGCGUGUUUAGCGCAGAUCUCACGCGCCGUACGGAAGUGUGCUCUGGCGCACCGGAAGCGGCCGGAAGAGAGCGAUGGCGGGUUUGACUGUGAGAGACCCUGCGGUGGAUCGUUCUCUGCGUUCGGUGUUCGUGGGGAAUAUUCCAUAUGAGGCUACUGAAGAGCAGUUAAAGGACAUCUUUUCUGAGGUUGGACCCGUUGUUAGUUUCAGGUUGGUAUAUGAUAGGGAGACAGGAAAGCCAAAGGGUUAUGGCUUCUGUGAAUACCAAGACCAGGAGACGGCACUUAGUGCCAUGCGAAACCUGAAUGGGCGUGAAUUCAGUGGAAGAGCACUUCGUGUGGACAAUGCUGCCAGUGAAAAGAACAAAGAAGAGCUGAAGAGCCUUGGCACUGGUGCCCCUGUCAUUGAGUCACCUUAUGGAGAGACCAUCAGUCCUGAGGAUGCCCCUGAGUCCAUUAGCAAAGCAGUUGCCAGUCUUCCACCAGAGCAGAUGUUUGAGCUGAUGAAACAAAUGAAGCUCUGUGUCCAGAAUAGUCCUCAGGAAGCACGGAACAUGUUGCUUCAGAACCCUCAACUGGCUUAUGCUUUGCUACAAGCACAGGUAGUGAUGAGAAUUGUGGAUCCAGAGAUUGCCCUGAAAAUUCUGCAUCGUCAGACAAAUAUCCCAACACUGAUUGCAGGCAACCCUCAGCCAGUCCACAGUGCCGGCCCUGGCUCAGGAUCCUCUGUGUCAAUGAGCCAGCAGAAUCCUCAGGCCCCUCAGGCCCAGUCUUUGGGUGGAAUGCAUGUCAACGGUGCACCUCCUCUGAUGCAAGCUUCUAUGCAGGCUGGAGUUCCAGCACCAGGGCAAAUACCAGCAACUGUAACAGGACCUGGCCCUGGUUCCUUAGCUCCUGGAGGAGGAAUGCAAGCCCAGGUUGGAAUGCCAGGAAGUGGACCAGUAUCCAUUGAGCGGGGACAAGGAACCCUACAGCACUCGCCCGUGGGACCCGCCGGGCCUGCAUCAAUUGAGCGAGUUCAAGUGCCAAUGCAGGACCCCAGAGCAGCUAUGCAGCGUGGUCCCUUGCCUGCCAACGUCCCAACUCCUCGAGGUCUACUAGGAGAUGCUCCAAAUGAUCCACGUGGAGGCACUUUACUUUCUGUAACUGGAGAGGUAGAGCCUAGAGGUUAUCUGGGACCACCUCAUCAGGGUCCACCCAUGCACCAUGUCCCUGGUCAUGACAGCCGUGGCCCACCCCCACAUGAAAUGAGGGGAGGGCCAUUAGCUGAGCCCAGACCUCUAAUGGCGGAGCCAAGAGGACCCAUGCUAGAUCAGAGGGGUCCACCGUUGGAUGGCAGAGGCGGAAGAGAUCCCCGAGGCAUAGAUGCACGAGGAAUGGAGGCACGAGCCAUGGAGGCUAGAGGAUUAGAUGCCAGAGGAUUGGAGGCCCGUGCUAUGGAAGCCCGAGCGAUGGAGGCCCGUGCGAUGGAGGCCCGUGCGAUGGAGGCCCGUGCAAUGGAAGUCAGAGGGAUAGAAGCCAGAAGUAUGGAUACAAGGGGCCCAGUCCCUGGUCCUAGAGGUCCUAUACCUAGUGGAAUCCAAGGUCCCAGUCCAAUUAACAUGGGGGCAGUUGGCCCCCAGGGAUCCAGACAGGUCCCAGUUAUGCAGGGAGCAGGCAUGCAAGGAGCAAACAUUCAGGGUGGAGGUCAGCCUGGGGGCUUUAGUCCUGGCCAGAACCAGGUCACCCCACAGGACCAUGAGAAGGCUGCUUUGAUCAUGCAGGUUCUUCAACUGACUGCCGACCAGAUCGCCAUGCUGCCUCCUGAGCAGAGGCAGAGUAUCCUGAUCUUAAAGGAACAAAUACAGAAAUCCACUGGAGCACCUUGAAAGGUUUUCAAAAAUACCUGGCAACAAAUCUGGAAAUUAAUUCCAUAACUUUGUUGAAAUGUUGCAAAUAGAUGACUUCUGCAUCCUAACCCUUGAAUGACUCAAAUUGGUGCCAGGUGGAGGAUUCCCAUCACCUUCUCUCAGAACAAAAUCAGUUCAUUCUAUUGUCUUAGUUUGUAUAUUUUAUGUGACUUGAAAUAAACUUUGAACACAA